AUGAAAAACAUAGAUUUAAUCGAAAACUGCAGAAUAGAUGAGAACCACUUCGACUUAGAAAAGUAUAGCACAUUCUAUUGCAAACAAGAUGUAAGAAUUUUAAGAGAAGGAUUUGUAAAGUUCAGAAAUGACUUAUUAAAAGAAUUUGAUUUAAACGUUUAUGACUACGUUAGCAUUUGUUCAAUUGCUAACAAAUUAUUUGAGAACAGAGUGUACUUCCCGAAUGGAAAUUUAUAUGACCUCUCAAAUAAACCAAGAGAGUUUAUUUCGAGAUGCAUUCAAGGUGGAAGAUGUAUGUUGUCAGAUAACAUGAAACAAAAGAGCGAAAAGAAACUCAUUGCUGAUUUCGACGCUGUUUCAUUAUAUCCCUCAGCUAUUGCGAGACUUUAUACUUUAGAAGGAAUUCCAAAGGUUAUGAAGAAAGAAAUGUUAAGCACAGAGUAUCUCAUGAGACAUUUAUUCGAUGACGACCAAAAGGAACCCAUUGGUGAAAAGUUUAUGUCUGGCUUCUUUGUUCUCAUUAAGAUAACAGAGAUUGGAAUACAUAGACACUUUCCUUUAAUAGUUUGUGACCCUGAACUAAAUCCAGAACUUAACGUUCCCAGAAGUUCAAACACUUGCUGUUUAAUGUAUGUUGACCAUAUAACAUUACAAGACCUCAUAAAAUAUCAAGGUGUCAAAUGUGAAGUGUUGCAAGGAUACUAUUACGAUGGAAACAGAGAUAUUAGAAUAAGAGAUGAAGUAAAGAAGUUGUUUGAGUUAAGGUUAAAGUAUAAGAAAGAAGGAAAUCCUUUGCAAGAAAAUAUAAAACUCAUUCUGAACAGUAUUUAUGGCAAAACUAUUCUAUCUCCUAUUGAGUCAAAAAUAACCAUAGUAAAUGACAAAGAUGCUAUAAGAUAUGCCAUCAGAAACUACAACCAUAUAGUGAAGUUCGAAGGUUUGGAUGGUUCAGAUAAAACUAUUUCAAGCUAA